AUGCAUGUUUCUCUCGUGUGUCGAGUGAGGCGGUCCUCCCAUCACCUGGACCCUUUAGACCGCCCCCUGGACCCUUUAGACCGCCCCCUGGACCCUUUAGACCGCCCCCUGGACCCUUUAGACCGCCCCCUGGACCCGUUAGACCGCCCCCUGGACCCUUUAGCCUGCCCCCUGGAUCCUUUAGACCGCCCCCUGGACCCGUUAGACCGCCCCCUGGACCCAUCAGACCGCCCCCUGGACCCUUUAGACCGCCCCCUGGACCCUUUAGACCGCCCCCUGGACCCUUUAGACCUCCCCCUGGACCCGUUAGACCGCCCCCUGGACCCUUUAGAUCGCCCCCUGGACCCUUUAGACCGCCCCCUGGACCCUUUAGACCGCCCCCUAGGCCUGUUAGACCGCCCCCCUGCCCCCGUCCCCAUCCGCCCCACACCCGUCCCCAUCCGCCCCACACCCGUCCCCAUCCGCCCCACACCCGUCCCCAUCCGCCCCACACCCGUCCCCAUCCGCCCCACACCCGUCCCCAUCAGCCCCACACCCGCCCCACACCCGUCCCACACCCGCCCCACACCCGUCCCCACCCGCCCCACACCCGUCCCCAUCCGCCCCACACCCGUCCCCAUCAGCCCCCCACACCCGUCCCCAUCCGCCCCACACCCGUCCCCAUCCGCCCCACACCCGUCCCCCAAUUAG